AUGAUUUACAAGGAGGAGAAAGUUGCAAAUGUGAGGGAACUCAAUGGUGAGUUUAAGGUUCUUGACAAAAUAAAGGCAAAGGAGUUGGAAAGAGCGAUGAUAGAGAAGGAGGUGUGGGAGGCCAUUGAGUCAUGUGACGAGAAUAAGGCUCCUAGGCCAGAUGACUUUAAUUUGAAUUUCUCCAAAAAUUCCCUUGAGAGCAUUAGGGAUUGUAGGCCCAUCAGCUUUGUUGGUAACAUUUACAAAAUCAUUACUACAGUGUUGGCCAAUAGGAUGAAGAAGGUAAUAGGGGAGAUGAUAGGGAACCAACAAUUUGCUUUCAUGUUUGGAAGGCAAUUGGUGGAUUGUGCGCUCAUUGCAAACGAGGUUGUUGAUAUCAUGAGAAAAGAUCAAGUGGGAGGUGUGUUCUUUAAAGUGGACUAA